AUGCUGCGUCUUUUAUCGGUAGUAUAUUUACUGCUUCUUUUUGAAAUUACAGUCGCACAGACACUGUACGAUGAAACCAAUCAAAACAUAAGAUUCUACGAGUUCAAUAUCACUCAAAAAUCCAUUAAUCCAGACUGUUCAAAUCAAACAACGCCUGCUUUCUUGAUCAACGAACAGAUGCCCGGUCCUGUUGUAUCUGCGACACAAGGUGAUAUUGUGCGUGUCCUUGUUCGUAACCAACUUGAACAUGGUCCAAAUGAAGUAUCUAUUCAUUUUCAUGGUAUUCGUCAGUAUGGUUCUGUUCAUUCAGAUGGUGUGCCCUAUUUAACACAAAAGCCCAUUGCUCCUGGAGAGACAUUUUUGCAUGAAUUUCGAGUCAUCAAUCAGGCCGGAACUUUUUUCUAUCAUGCACAUGUAGGCAUGCAGGAAUCCACUUUAUUUGGGCCUAUUAUUAUUUAUGAAUCCGAGGAUGCUGAUCCGGAGAAUUACAUGAAAAAAAAACGAUUAAGCCGCCUUACCUUUCCAAAAAGUAGCGAUGAUGAAGACAGCGACGAAGAUGAAGAUGAAGAUGAAGAAGAAGACUAUCGCAUGUCUGCUGGUCCUUAUGAAUAUGACGAAGAACGUACCUUGAUACUAAGUGAAUGGUGGCAUCGAACACAUACUGAAUUAGAAGAAUACUUGUUGGGUCCUAAUUUUAAAGGCAUUCCUGAAGCAGAGACAAUUCUGAUUAAUGGAAUGGGACUAAGAGACCCAAAUAAUAUUGAAGAAUCUGAAUGCCGAGGAUACGAUGUGAUUCCUGUAAAGCCAAACAAGACCUAUCGAUUAAGAGUGAUUGGUGCCACUGCUUUCCGAACACUCGGCCUUGCCAUAGCCAACCAUAACUUGACAAUCAUUGAAGUCGACGGUGAAUUGACUCAGCCUCAUACCGUUAAUGAACUCGAAGUUGCUUCGGGCCAGCGUUUCUCAGUUCUGUUGAAAACACAUCAUGAUAUCGAUGACUUUGGUAUUCAAGUCGUUCGACGAUGGUCUGACGAUAUUCAGAGAGCUACCAAUGGUCUGGCUGUCUUGCGAUAUGAGCCUGAAGUCCAUCAAGAAUCCAAUGAUCGCGGUGUAUUGCAUCUCAAGAACCCAUUUGUCCGAGUUGCACCCCAUCAUGUUCCUUCCUUUGAUGGUCCCGAUAAAGAACUCCCUAACUGGCUUUGGCCCAAUAUCCAACCUCUUCAUGGUGUUGACCCUAUUGUCUACAAAUCUCCCAGUAGAACCAUUGUGUUACGAGCAACAGACAAGAAACAAAGUGAUGGUCGUUCUAGAUGGUAUAUCAAUGAAGUGUCUUAUUCAGAAGAAAUGAGCCAUGAAAUGCCUAUUCUUGAACAACUCAGAUUAGAUCGUCGUCCUUUGCCUGCCAUAGAUAACUUGAAAGCUUCUAGUAAUGGCUAUGACCGCAACUUGGGUACUUAUCCUAUACGACACUUUGAAAUUGUGGACUUCGUAUUUCAAUCUACACAUAUACCUGGUGAACCUUGUCGUAGUCAUCCUUGGCAUACACAUGGUCACUCUCAUUGGGAAAUAGCCAAUGGUAUGGGUGAAUACAGUCAAAAAAAGCAUGGUCAUAUAAGAAAUGUCAAGACGCCUAUUCAAAAGGAUAUUACUAUGGUAUACCCUUUUAUUGAUCCUCAACUUUCUAUCCCACAAAACAACCGUCGUGCUGUAGGUUGUGGGUGGUCCAAAGUGCGAAUACUAGCUGAUAAUCCGGGUAUUUGGGCCAUUCAUUGUCAUAACACAGCACACAUGUUGAUGGGCAUGAUGACAGCCAUUGAAGAAGCGCCAGAACUUAUUUCAAGAACAAGUAGAUCAAGAUAA